AUGCAAUCAUCAAGCAACUCGUCCACAAAGACAACCAUCCGCGAUCUACCACCCGAGCUGACUGCAGAAAUUGCAUCUCACUUGGAAUUGAAGGACAUCGCAAAAGUCCGCCUUUCCUGCAAGUACCUUUACGAGAACACAUACUACAACUUCGCUACCCUGGGCUUCCGCACCAUUACUACGGACUUCUCCUUGCGAUCUCUCGAAGAGCUCACUCUCAUUAGUAGCAACCCCCGCCUCGCCGGCUACGUUAAGGAGCUUACUAUUGCUAACAAUACUUGGUGGGGCGUUGGCUAUCUUGGCGAGGGAUUGGUCUGGCAUCGUUCAGAACCACCAAAAUCUGGGCGGUAUUACAAUGGCAAACUCCAGUCGCAGUCAAAACAGUGGACUCAUUUAGGAAGCCUUGCACUUGAACAGAGCAACAUCCAGCAAUGGCGUCAUGUCAUCGAGCGCUUCACCAACUGUUCCUCAUUUAGCAUCUGGUAUUCGAGGAACAUCCUACACGAUGGGUAUCAAUCGGAUGACGAGAAUACUACAUGGAUGGAGCGCAGGAUGGGAAAAAGGCCUGGUGGAUUGCCCAUGGCCCAUCCAUCAGUACUGGACGUAUUGGGCGACGGAGUGAGGGACGACGAUCAGCUCAGCUUCGUGGACGCGCUUAUGAUCCUGGUCUUCAUCAUCAGCAAGGCCAAGAUGUCUGUGGAGAAAUUCAUGAUUAAUAUCCGAAAUUUCGUUCCAACCCACCUGGAUCUUGCGCACCUUGACGAUCCGACGUUCCGUGCUUGCUGGGCAACGGUGCGGGAGUUUACAUUUCGAUCUUCGGUUCCUCCCACUCUCAUUACCGGUUUGGAGGAUGAUGCACAUAACCACUUUAAUUUUUGGGAUUCAUACACCGAGUCGGAUGACGAGACUCUUUGCUCGAGUUGUCAGGGUGCUUUGCGAAGUAUUCGCUCAGACUCAGGUACAGACAUUGAAUCCGACGGGAAUUCUGAGGAUGAUGGGGACUCUGAGGACGAUGAUGAUUCUGAUGUUGAUGGCGAGUCCCAUGCUGAUGAAUUCACUGAGGGCGAUGGAUAUACUGAGGGCGGUGAUUAUGCUGAGGGCGAUGAGUAUGCUGAGGGGGAUGAGUAUUCUGAAGGGGAUGAGUAUUCUGAAGGGGAUGAGUAUGCUGAGGGCGAUGAGUAUACCGAGGGCUAUGGGUAUGCUGACAGCGAUGAGUCUUCCGAGGUCUCUGAGGAUGGCAAUGGCAGUAACAGUGCGUCUUUCAGUCUUCCGGACAGCACAAAAGUGGCCGCAUACCUAAGCAAAUUGAUUAGCCUCGCCCACAACCUUGAAUCCCUGACUAUUCAAAGCAACUACGGUGAUAAGAUCAUGGACAACCUGAUGUCCAACGAUUCCCCGCCGCAAUUCAAGCUGAAAUCAUUUUGCUUAAUGUUUGGCGCACGCUAUAGAAUGACACAGGGAGAAUCCCUUGCCAGACUCAUCAUACAGCAUUCACAAACCCUUGAGCAGCUUAGACUUUAUGAUAUUGGAAUGGAGGAAGGAGGUGCAAUGAAUCUGGUCGAGACCAUUGGUGAGGAUGGCCUUCCGGCAUUACAAUUCCUCCGGCUCUCAACGAUAGUGGAUGGGCCGCUUGACGAGCAACUCUCUUUCUCGGACAUUCCACUUGGCUGGAGCCUCAUCGAUGAUACCACGGGCGCACACUUUACUCAUACUUCAAUUAAGAAGUCUGCCAGCGAACCAGAAAGGACCACGAACCUCAUGGUCUGGGGCCCAGGCACAAGUGAUUUUCUUCGAACUCUUAAGGAUUUUGCUGUGAUCCUUCCCGAGGAACCUGAUCCUGAGAUAUAA